CACUUCGCUUUUUUGUUUUUGGGGCAAACAUCCUCUCUGUUUUCUUUUUUAAUUUUUAUCUCUCCAUCCUUUAUCAAAAAACAACAAUUCUCAGAGUCAAGUUCAUCAGAAAAUUUUCAAAGACGACGGCUUCUUCUGAGAUUUCAUUCUUCUGGAUAAGAAAUUUCCAGAGACUGAAGUUUCCAUUGAAUGUAUUGUUCUUGGAGAACUUAAACCGGAUUCAGGACAUGGCUAACCGAACAGACAACUCGAAUCGCUGUUCGAAUGGUAAAAAGCCAAAUGAUGGAAUGAGACUCAUUAUAGCAACAUUCGUAGGAAUAGUUAUCGGUUUCUUCUUGGGGAUAUCUUUCCCUACAUUAUCACUAACAAAACUAAAUUUCCCCUCUGGCAUUCUUCCCUCUGUUGAUAUUGCUUAUGUAGAAGAUGAGACACCAGAAACAUCGAGUGAAACGCUUUUACAUACAUGGUCAUCUAGGAGUCCAUUACACAGGGCUAAUUCGAGUGAUGCACCGCAUUGGAAGAUUUGGGUUCCAUCGAAUCCCCGAGGUGCAGAAAUGCUGACUCCUGGUAUCAUUGCAUCUGAAUCAGAUUACUACAUACGCAGACUUUGGGGAUUACCUGAGGAGGAUGUUCCUGUGAAGCCAAAGUAUCUCAUUGCUUUUACUGUUGGUUUUGGGCAGAAAGUAAACGUUGAUGCUUGUGUCAAGAAGUUUUCAGAAGAUUUCACAAUUGUUCUGUUCCACUACGAUGGACGAACCACAGAAUGGGACGAAUUCGAAUGGUCCAAACGCGCAAUACACGUGAGCGUGCCAAAGCAAACCAAGUGGUGGUAUGCUAAACGGUUUCUGCAUCCUGACAUCGUGGCACCUUAUGACUAUGUAUUCAUCUGGGAUGAAGACCUCGGCCUUGAAAACUUCGAUGUAGAAGAGUACAUUAGGCUGAUAAAGAAACACGGUCUAGAGAUAUCGCAGCCUGCUGUGGAGUCUAAAACAAAGAUCACAUGGGAGAUAACAAAGAGAAAAACCAAAGGAGAAGUUCACAAAGAUUCCAAGGAGAAACCAGGUCGAUGCAAUGACCCUCACUUGCCUCCCUGUGCGGCGUUUAUAGAGAUUAUGGCUCCAGUAUUCUCAAGAGAUGCCUGGCGUUGCGUGUGGCAUAUGAUUCAGAACGACUUGGUUCACGGUUGGGGUCUUGAUUUUGCACUCCGUAAAUGCGUCGAGCCUGCACAUGAGAAGAUAGGAGUUGUGGAUUCUCAAUGGAUCAUUCAUCAAUCUCUUCCUUCUUUAGGCAGCCAGGGAGAGGCACAAGAUGGUAAAGCAGGGUGGCAAGGGGUGAGAGACAGAUGUAAACGGGAAUGGACAAUGUUUCAAAGCCGAAUGGCGAGUUCCGAGAAGCAGUAUCUCAACGAAAUCGCAAACUCAACGAUUCAUUAGCUGAAGAAACUAAACAAACAGAAAGACAAGUGAAGGAUUAUACAAUGACAUGGUAGAGUCCAGAAAUGAUUAAGCAAAUCCAAGUUAUACUUUUCAUAUGAUACCUAAGCAACUUAUACACAGGACAUAAUUUUUUAAAGAAACUAUUAGAGAUCAUCCUUCGUUUUUUUUUUUUUGUGUGUUCUUGACCGUCCUUACUUGAUUUCUUUUAAUCAGGCAUAACACAAUGUAUGCGAUAUGACCACAUGGCCGAUGUAUUUGUUUCAAAACCUGGAAAAGAGUAUUACUUUUCCAUAUUAGACCA